AUGAUGGACGUCGUCGUUCCGGCGGCUCGCAAGGCGGACGAAGGAGAUGUGGCUCCCGUGGCUGUCGCCGCGGCCCUCGACUUUCUCUCCUCGCCGUGCAGGACUAGCGCGCGGUUCCCUGGACUACGCGUCGUGUUUGCGGCCGAGGAAGGAUCGACCGCUCUGGUGGCCUUAAGAGAGCACGCCCCAGCCUUGGCGGAAGCGGGACACGAAUCGCGGUUGGUGAUGAAAGCGUGCGCGUUGCCAGAUGUGAGCAAGGCCGGGGCCCGCUGCGCCUACCUCGUCAACCCUUGCAACUGGCGCCUGGUCGCUGGUGGCGCGAGGACAAACAUGCUCGUCAACCGUGCUGCGGGAGAUUCUCUACGGCAGGGUAGCUUAGAGGGCGGCCGUACGAGAGCUCUGGUUGCGGAACCUUUCGCGGUUAAGCUCUCCCAGGACUCUCCUCUGCGCAGCGAAGGAGUCGAUACCGUGAUCCAGGUGCUCGGACCGAACCUAGACCCGCGGUUCCCCGAGUGCCUUGCCAACGAGCCCGACCGAGCGCGCUACCUCCUCCGUCAGUGCUACGACAAGACCCUCGAUAGCUUCUGGAAACUGGUAUCGUCGGAAACAUCCGGCGCAGCUGCCGUUGUCGCUACGCCCACUGCUGCUGCCGAUACCGCUGCGGCGGCCUCUGCUGCUGCUGCUCCGGGUGCCAGUGGUGGUGGUGGUGGUGGGCACUGUAGUGGUAGUGCCGCUGCUGCUGAUACUGGGGUCGGGAAGGGGGCCGUGACGAAAAGGAAACGAGCCUUAGCAUUGCCCGAGUACCGACGAACACCACCAACUCCCGUGAAAGGCGCCGGGCACUGGAAGGCGGUGCUGUUUCAGUACCUGAAGGAUGAGCCGAUGCCCGUCGAGCUACAGCGCGAGGUCUAUUUCUCGGAUAACCAGUGCGUUGUCGUCUACGACGGCUACCCCAAGUCACGGUACCACCUGCUCCUGCUGCCCAAACCGAAGUUCCUGGACGUGAAACAAGCUUCGGAGCUCCGCCGGGAUGAGCACCUCUCAAGCCUGCGCCAGCUACACGCCACAGCAACGGCGGUGGCGGAGGCGUUAUCUCAACAGGGGGCUGGGGUUAUCAGGUGCGGCUAUCACGGCAUUCCGUCGCUGGAGCCACUGCACCUGCACAUCAUCAGCCAGGACUUCGACAGUGAACGUCUCACAAAGCGCAAGCACUGGAACAGCUUUACCACAGAUUUUUUCCUGGAUGCUUCUUGGGUGGAAGCGCGGCUGCUGGAGCGUGGGAGUCUCGGGCUCGACAAAGAGAGGUUGAAGGCGCUGGAAGCUACUCCGCUACGAUGCUUCCGGUGCCAUUCACCGAUGACGAACAUGACCAAGCUCAAGGAACACCUCCUGGGCUGCAAUUUACCCGUACCAAAAAAAAACAGCUGUGGCGGUGGAGGCAGCAGCGAUGCAUAG